AUGCUUGAUGUUUUGAACUGUAUAAAUGUAGUUAGUGAGAUACCAGAACUCCAGAACUAUACAGAUAAAGUAAAUAACAUAUCAGAACUAUUAAAGGAUUUUUGGAAUGGGUCUGCAGAGAAAAUUGAUCAGAAUUUAGCACAGGUUGAAGGUACAGAGCUACAAACCCAGAUUUAUAUCAUCAUUGGAGUAUUCCUUGGACUAAUCCUACUCCUGGUUAUAUCAAUGGCUUUUCUAUCCUAUCUGGUAAAAAGGCUACGAGAUCAGAUAGUUGCUCAGACAGGACAAUCCUACACGCUCACCUCCCCGGCUAGACAAGAGCGUGAACCCGCCGGUCAGAGCGCUCAGCCCAACAAACCUGGAGGCGCGCUAGCCUACGCAAACGGGUCGUUUUACAGAGAGGAGGAUCCCGGGAAUUAAACUUUUUUUCUUUAAACUGAAAAUUAUAAACGAAAAAAAAGCAAACAGCACUAAUAUUCUUCAAUCAAAGCAACCUUGUGAACAAACAAAUUAUAAAAUUUAGAAAAUUAAAUCUGUCAAGAGUUUUGUUUAUUUUGUUUUUUUAUUCUUUCUGAUCACUAGUCAACAGAUGUAGAUGUUAGUCCUCAGAAAGUAUACGUUUAUGAUUAGCCAUUUCUAACAGUUAGCAUUAGAUUUUAUCAACAAAUUCAAAAUUAGAACAAAAUAAUUUGACGCUAAACUUUUGUUCUGUACAUCUAAAAGAGCCAUUAGCCAAUUUGAUCAAAUUCAAACGUAAAACGUCAAGGAAACUCAGUAGGUCGAACUGGUUAUGAUAUUUCUAAUUUCAUGAUUGAAUUUUUCAACAUUGUUUAAUAUCUGUGUUCAAUUCUGCUUGAUUAUCUUUUUUCGAAUAUUGGAAUAAUGUUAAUAGAAAUAUUGUGUGUUAUGUCAAAUAGUUUCAUUUUAACAUUUAAUCUAUAAUAUAUGAUUUCUUUAGUUUAACAUUAAGAGAAAUAUAGAUGUGGAAAAAUGAA